CGAGAGCGGAACCCCUCAACGAAGCAAGCAAAGCAAACCGCAAGGGCUAGUACUCCAGUGGAGCAUGCGCGUUGCCGCGACGCGACUCGCCGCCGCUUCGUUUCCCCUCCUACUCCUACUCAUCCUGCCCCUCGCGAUCGGAGCAGCCAUGGCCGGCCACGUCCUCGGCGCAGCGUGCGAGAACCCCGCCGCCGCCGCCGCCAACAGCGCCGAGGCCGACGGGAUCGCCCGCUUCGCCGUCGACGAGCACAACAAGCGCGAGAACGUGCUGCUGGAGUUCGUGCGGGUGGUGGAGGCCAAGGAGCAGGUGGUGACCGGCACGCUGCACCACCUCACGCUCGAGGCCAUCGAGGCGGGCAGCAAGAAGGUCUACGAGGCCAAGGUCUGGGUCAAGCCCUGGCUCGACUUCAAGGAGCUCCAGGAGUUCCGCCACAAAGGGGACGCCACCGCCUUCACCAACGCCGACCUCGGCGCCAAGAUAGGUGGACAUGAGUCCAGUUGGCGCGAUGUCCCUGUACAUGAUCCUGUAGUCAAAGAUGCUGCAAAUCAUGCUGUGAAAUCAAUACAAGAGAGGUCAAACUCCUUGUUUCCGUAUGAACUUCUUGAGAUCAUUCGAGCAAAGGCAGAGGUUGUGGAAGGCUUUGUAAAAUUUGACAUUGUCAUGAAACUGAAGAGAGGUAGCAAGGAGGAGAAAAUCAAAGCCGAGGUCCAUAAGAAUCUGGAAGGGGCUUUCGUGCUGAACCAGCAUCAGCCGGCGGAGGAUGAUGAGUCGAGCAGCCAGUGAAUUUCUGACGUAACGAGACGUAAUACUUUGUAGUUUGUGUUCCAUAAUAAAGAGAGAAAAACGUCUUCACUCGAGAUAUCUUCUGGAUACCAUGUAUUCGACACUGGUGCUUGCUCCUAGCUGGUCAGGCAAACUGGUGUCCUCUCGUCCCUGUUUCUGCUACUGCGAUUCUAGGCAUCUGAAUUUGUAACUUUCAGAGCUAAUGGUGGGUAAUGAGACACCUUGUUAAUAUGAAAUCCUAUAUUGAAG